CGGGCCGGAAGUCAUUACAGUACUUCCGCUUCCACAAUACUUCCGGGUUGGAAGACUUGGGGCUACGUUGUCGCCGGGAAUACGAUGGAACGAAACACCAGGAGAUCUAAAACUCACACUGCAGUUUUUUACAAGAAAAAGAAACAGUCCUCUGUGUCUGAGGAAAGACCCCAGACACAAUCCCCUGAGAACUUAGAGAGUAAACAUCUUUGGGUAUCCAAGCUGAGGAAGAGGAGGAAAGAGUCCCAGACACCAGCCUCUGAGAGCUCAGAGAGUGAGCAGCCUCACAUACCCAAGAGGAAGAAGAGGAGGAAGGAGUCCCAGACACCAGUCCCUGAGAGCUUGGAGAAUGAGCAUCCUUGGAUGUCCAAGCUGGGGAAGAAGAGGAAGAAGUCCCAGACACCGGCUCCUGAGAGCUCAGAGAGUGAGCAGCCUCUCAUAGCCAAGAAGAAAAAGAGGAGGAAGGAGUCCCAGACACCGGCCCCUGAGAGCUCAGAGGGUGAGCAGCCUCACAUAACCAAGAGGAAAAAGAAGAGGAAGCAGUCCCAGACACCGGCCCCUGAGAGCUCAGAGGGUAAGCAGCCUCACAUAGCCAAGAGGAAGGAGUCCCAGACACCAGCCCAUGAGAGCUUGGAGAGUGAGCAUUCUCACAUAACUAAGAGGAAGAAAAGGAAGGAGCCCCAGCAACUUACUUCUUCCCUUCUGAAAAAUUCAGAAACCUUCCAUAAAGCCAAAAAGACCACUUCUACCCAUAAAAAGAAAAAGAAAAGUUGUGCUUGGGAAGUGGAUAUGGAAACAGGGAUCAUCCUUGUAAAUAAAGAAAACGUGGAGAACCUGCUAGAGAGUUCUAGGAAAGAUGUGGAUAUUGUCUAUGUAGAUGUAAGCCAGGGACAGAAGUCAGCAGAAGCGGACAAAGCAGAGAACCAGAAACACGACUGUCAAGAGCUACCCAGUGAUGGUCAGAGCAAAAAGAAUCAAAAGCAUCCGAAGAGAGUUGCAUCCUGGAAUGCAGUACAGGGAAGCCAGCCUGAGAGCAUCACCCUGCCCCACUCAGAUUCCUUGUCUUCUGUGCAUCUAGAAGGCAGAAGCCCAGAACUAUCGGUGUCUCAUAAAAGAGUGUCCAAGGAAAAAGUGUCCAGGAACCAGGAAUCGGGGGCCACGCCUGAGAGUCUUGAUAGUGUACACCCUGGAGGAGAGUUUGGGACUGGAGAUGGUGAGAGGGUCAAAGGAUCCGAAAGUAUCAGGAAAAAGUCUAAGAAAGGGAAGUGUGCGUCUGUUGCUAUUGCUACCUCCAGUGACAGCGCCACGCGGCUGGACAGCUGUGCUGAGAAUGCCCUCGUGGAUUCAUUAGAAGGCGCUGAUGCUUUGAGGGAAGAGAAUGUGGACUGCAGACCAAGGAAGGCAGAAACCCAGGCGUGUUCCAGCGAGAAGCCUGCAGAAGGGAUGCAGGGGGUAGAAUCUACCCGUGAAGAAGAAAGCAGUUUGGAAUCAGCCAGCAAUUCCGCAACAAGAUAUGUUUCUGAAGAUGGGAGAGAUUCUGAUGAAUCGGAUGUGGACUUGGGCUCUGCAGUGAAGCAGCUCCAAGAGUUCAUUCCUGAUAUUCAGGAAAGGGCAGCCACCACAAUCAGACGCAUGUAUCGGGAUGAUCUGGGGCGCUUCAGAGAAUUUAAGGCACAAGGUGUUGCUAUUAGAUUUGGCAAAUUUUCUGCUAAAGAAAAUGAACAAAUAGAGAAAAAUGUGCAAGAAUUCCUGUCCCUUACUGGAAUUGAGAGUGCAGACAAGCUACUGUACACAGACCGAUAUCCAGAGGAAAAGUCUCUGAUCACCAACUUAAAACGGAAGCAUGCAUUCAGACUGCACAUUGGGAAAGGCAUCGCUCGGCCCUGGAAGCUUGUGUACUAUCGUGCAAAGAAGAUAUUUGAUGUGAAUAAUUACAAAGGCAGGUACAAUGAAGAAGAUACUAAGAAGCUGAAGGCAUACCAUUCCCUCCAUGGAAAUGACUGGAAAAAGAUCGGGGCAAUGGUGGCCCGAAGCAGCCUCUCUGUGGCCCUGAAGUUCUCUCAGAUUGGUGGUCAUAGAAACCACGGUGCUUGGAGUAAGACAGAAACCCAGAGACUAAUCAAGGCUGUGGAGGAUGUGAUCCUAAAGAAAAUGUCUCCCCAAGAGUUAAGAGAACUGGAUUCUAGACUCCAGGAAGACCCUGAAGGUCGCCUGUCGAUUGUUCGGGAAAAACUGUACAAGGGCAUAUCGUGGGUGGAAGUGGAAGCGAAAGUGGAGACCAGAAACUGGAUGCAGUGCAAAAGUAAGUGGACAGAAAUUCUCACCAAAAGGAUGACCCAUGGUGGAUUCGUGUAUCGUGGGGUCAAUGCUCUGCAGGCCAAAAUCACCCUUAUAGAAAGGUUGUAUGAAUUAAACGUGAAUGAUGCUAAUGAAAUAGAUUGGGAAGAUCUUGCUAGUGCCAUAGGGGAUGUCCCUCCACCUUUUGUUCAGGCAAAAUUUUAUAAGCUGAAAGCUGCCUGUGUUCCUUUUUGGCAGAAAAAGACUUUUCCAGAGAUCAUUGACUACUUAUAUGAGACCAGUCUGCCUCUGCUGAAGGAAAAGCUAGAAAAGAAGAUGGAGAAAAACAAGAGCCAGAUCCAGACGCCCUCAGCUCCCAAACAAGACUUCCUGUUCAGAGACAUCUUCUAUUGUGAUGAUGACAGCGACGGGGAGGGCUCGGAGGAGCCCAGUGCCCCUGGUGUGCCGUGACUAUGGAUCUCCUCCUCCUCGGAUUUCUCUCUGUUCCCUUGGACUUCUUGCUGUGUAUCUCCUCUUCUAGGUGGACUGCUGGUGGCCAUAUCUUCCGGCACACCUGUGUUCUAGCUGUUAGUUUUGGAAGAGUUGUAUCAGGCUGGGGUACAGCUCCCACUGGAGUCUCAGGACAGGGUGAAAGGGGGGCUCUUCCAUCAAUCAGGAAAGCAAAACCAAUGUAGGUGUUCUAGAGAGAGAACUUUCUCCAGGGGUUAGGUCACAAAAAAAUUUCUACAAGAUCUAUGCAUGGUGGGGCACUGUGGUGAUUGGCAGAGGCCAACCUGGGCUCCAUAGUGACACCUUGUCUCAAGCAUACACACAUACAAAUUGUUAAGCAGAUGCUGGAGCCAGCAGGAGGAGUGCGUUGCCCAGAGAGCAGGCAGCACUGCAGAGAAGCUGUGUAGCCCUGCAGACCACCCCAGUUUCCCCAUGUCCUACCGGCUACUCCCCAUACCCCAGGGUGUCCUCUGCUGCUGCUGUCCUGCAGUGGCCUGUGUCCCUCCACCAGCACAUCUGUCUGCAGAGACAUGUGUCCAUGUGUAACCUUAGCAGAACACUUCUGCAAAAGAGUCUGGACACCAGGUGUUCAGAGUUCUAUCCCAUCUGUGCUGAGGAGCACAGAGAAAGGAAAGUGUGGCAAAUUACAGCAUGCUCCCACACGUGCCCCUCAGCAACUGAUUGACCCCUACAGCUCUCAGAUGUCCUUUCUGUGGCACUGUUAGAUUAGAAGGUGGCUAGACCAGCCACAGGAGAAGGAAGCACACAGAUAGGGGGAUUUUUGCUUGCCACUGUACACCAGCACUUUGCAUAGACAUGCAAAUAACACUGAGUAGCCUGGUGAUGCACACACGUAUCCAGGACUCAGGUGGGGGCACAUGGUGUUCCUUGUGAAACAGCAGGUUCUAAGCCCACCUGGACUACAGAAAACCCUGUCUCAAACACAAACAUUGAGUAAAUGAUGUCUUAGUACAUGCUUCUCUACCUAAAUUCCUCUGUCCCUCAGACACUCUAGUCUCAGCUGACAGGACUAACUUAUUCCUACAGAAAUAGUAGUAUUAAUGUAUAAACCAAUGCUAUGUUUGUAAUAGAGAAAAAAGAAACAAUCAAAUAUUCUUUAAUAAGAAGUAUGUUAAGCUAUGGUAUGGUCCUAGAAUGAAAUAUUAUAUGGUAAAUGAAAAUGAUAAUAGAUAUGAUUGACAUAAAAGUAUAUUUUUGUGAAAUACUUCAAAGGAAUAUAUAUUUUCUCAAUUUUGUAAAACUUAAAAAUAAAAUGGGUUGUUUA